AUGACUCCAAGUGAGGACUUUGGCUUCUUACGUCCUCCAAGCAACGAGGAGUACGAAGAGACCUUCCGUAACCCCUCCAAUUACAGCCCUCUCUCGACGUUCAAGCUCCCUCCUGGAGCGGAUCGACACUAUAAACAACAAUAUGGCGAUAUGUAUUUCCUGCGCCUCGCAGGGUUGAAGCCUGCCGUGGAGAAAAUUGCGUCAGAAGCUUGGGAUGGAUUCAGUAUUGCCGGAGAGCGUGCAUCCUAUGUUCACCGAGUACUCGAUGUGCGACAAGGUGAAUUGUGCUGGGUAACCGGCACAGUGUACAUGGACUUGCCAUUGAAACCCAAUAUUUUGGAGGAUCUUACCAAACAGAACUUUACCAAUGCGCCCCCUCCCCGCCCUACCUACAUCGACCCAUCCAACCCCGAUUUGACCCAAAUUACUUUGGAGGAUGCAUCUGGCCGAGUGCGUCUGUCUGGCAACUUUCUUUCCUCCGUCCAUCUUACGACUGGUACUGUCAUUGCGGCCCUGGGAACAGAGAACGCCAAUGGAGAUUUCGAGGUUAUCGACAUUAAGGUCCCAGAACUGGCCCCGCAACCUCGAAGAUGGGAGAAGUCUCCAGACACAAAAGGAACUGGGAAGGAAGCAGCGGGGAAACAAUCUGGCAAGAUCGCCUUUGUCAGUGGAUUGGGGAUUACAGGAACCUCGAGCGACACACUUGCACUGGAGCUGCUGACAGACUAUUUACUUGGGUACACGGGCUUCUCUGGGAAUGAGGAUAACAGCCCUUCGUCGGGCGCUUCAAAGAUCACACGGCUCAUUAUUGCGGGAGAUUCGCUUGGCGCCAGCGUAAUAACAGAAGCAUUUGUUACGGACAGCAAUGGGAAGAAGAAACCCGUGCCAAAGAAGUACGGCUAUGAUGCGUCGGCAUACAACGCUUCGCCAAUUACACAGCUUGACAAUUUCCUAUCGGAGAUUCUACCAAGUAUUCCCGUGACUCUUAUGCCAGGUCAAUCCGACCCAGCGAACUUCUCACUUCCUCAACAAGCAAUUCACCGUGCCAUGUUUCCACAGUCAAGACCUUUCUGCGCGCCUCCAACGGGUGAGGAGAAAUCCGAACCUGGGUGGUUUGACAAUGUGACCAACCCAUGGGAGGGUGAAGUUGAGGGUUGGAGACUAUGGGGAUGUAGUGGUCAGAACGUUGAUGAUGUCCUGCGGUAUUUGGACUUCUCUGGUGACGAUGAAGACGGCGAUAAAGGCUCAGACGACUCGAGAGCCCGUAUGCAAGUAAUGGAAGCAAUGCUGCGCUGGCGAAUCGGCGUGCCGACAGCUCCUGAUACACUCUGGUCGUAUCCAUUUCAGGAAACCGAUCCGUUCAUCAUUGAGGCCUGUCCUCACCUCUUCUUCACAGGAAAUCAACCGUCUUUCAAGACUGCUGUCAUUGAUGGUGAUAUUUCUCUCCGCUUAGAUGGAGGGGAUACUGAGAUGACAGAUUCUGGCGAGACUUCUAUACCCCGCGUACGACUUCUCUCUAUUCCUCGAUUCAAAGAUACUGGAGAUUUGAUUCUGGUUGACUCUGAGACUUUGGAGGUCGAGGUUAUUCGAUUUGGUGUUUUUGCUGGACAGGAGGAGAAAAAAUGA